UUUAGCAAAAGAAUCAGACUCUUAAAUUUGAUCAGUGAAUUUUAGACUUGUGAUAUAAAAAUAUAAACAAAAUGAGUGGAAAUGAAAAGAAUGAACGCUUUUUAUUGAGACUUCGUACUAUAGAAGAUAUGAAAAAUAGUCACUACAAUGUGAUGGUGAAAGAAGAAUUUGAAAAGUUUCUAACUGAAGUGGAAGAGGCAAAAUUCGCGGCAAAAAAGACACCAGUACAAUAUAAUAGACUAAAACGCUUUAAUGUCAUUGAAGUAUGUGGUAUCAAGAAAUUAGUUACGAAUACCGAGCCAAUGAAAUAUUACGUACCCGCUGAAGAAAUCUACGAUAUUAUUGAUGCUGCUCAUAUUUCGAUUGGUCAUGGAGGCCGUGACAGACUCAAAAAUGAAACAUCAAAGAAAUAUGCCAACAUCACAAAAGAAAUGAUAAAUAUUUUUCUUUCCAUGUGUGAAGUGUGUCAAAGAAAUAAAAGCAAAAAAAGGAGAGGGUUGGUUUCAAAGCCAAUCUUGCACACUGAAAUGAAUAGUCGAUGCCAAGUCGACCUCAUAGACAUGCAGUCUCAAGAUGCGGAACAUAAAUUCAUCAUGGUGUAUCAGGACCACCUCACCAAGUUUGUGAUUCUAAGAGCUCUUACCACAAAAAGAGCCACGAAAGUGGCGUAUCAUUUGAUGGAUAUUUUUUUAACUUUUGGAGCCCCAUGUAUUCUUCAUUCCGAUAAUGGAAGGGAAUUCGUGAAUUCGGUAAUAAAAGAGUUAGCAUCUUAUUGGCCUGAACUGAAACUUGUAAAUGGAAAGCCGCGUCACAGCCAGAGCCAAGGUUCGGUGGAAAGGGCGAAUCAAGACGUGGAAAAGAUGCUGGCUUCCUGGAUGCAGGAUAACAAAACAACUAAAUGGUCAGAUGGCUUGAGGUUCGUUCAAUUCAUGAAAAAUAGAGCAUUGCACUCAGGAAUAAAGCAAUCUCCGUAUCAAGCAAGGGGUUGA